GAAAAUCCCUUUAAAAAACAGGCUGAAGACAGAAUGGUGGCAUCUACUGACUGUGUGGACAAGUCCGAUUCAAUCACUGCAAAUAAGGUAUCCAAACCACUGAUGGAGAAGAAACGAAGAGCUCGUAUUAACAAGUGUUUGGACCAGUUGAAAUGUCUUCUGGAGAGCCACUACAGCAGCACUAUUCGGAAGCGCAAACUGGAGAAGGCUGACAUAUUGGAGCUCACCGUGAGACAUUUGAAGCACCUUAAGAAAUCUCACACCUUCCCAUCCACGCGUGGGGAGCUUUCCGAUUUCCAGAAAGGCUUUCACAGCUGCCUGGCCAACGUCAAACACUACUUGCUGAUGGCUGACACAGUGAGCGACCAACAGCGCCUCAAGAUGUCGCAGUUGCCCGGAAAACUGGACAUCUCCAGGACCACGGAUAGCGACACAGUCCUCGCAGAGACGCGUGGCUUGCCGAGGAGAGCCAAGAACGACAACGCGACCUCACAUAGGACCCACGGCGCGUCUCACUUUCGCCCGAGUGAAAACACGCGAAUGAGCAUGCAUAAAGGGUGUGGGCUGGCCACCGCCGCCACAAUGGACGACCAGAGAAUACGAGUUACGCUCAAGAAAUGUCACCUCAAAAAUCCCAGUGAAGUUGGCAACACCCAGCACAAUAUGUGGAGACCUUGGUAGAGACGCUGAACAUUUUCACGGAAACGUUUAUAAUUGUUAGUUGUUACACUUGCACAUUCUAUUUUCGGAAUAAAAGUGGCUAUAAUAUGC